GAUUCGUGGAGUUGUGGGGUUGGCUCCUCCAAGUGGCUGAACUGAAGGGAGGGGAGAAGGUGGGCGUGGACCUUUUAAAAGAACUCCGCCACGCGCCGUUUCAACGGACGCCUGACUGGGAUUGGCUGAGCUGCCGGAGCUUCCUUCCCCUACUGUCCAAUCCCCGAGGAGAACUUCCUGGAGGCUUUUUCUCUUUCUCCUCCACGCUCCUCUCACUCCAGUAGGGCAGAGGAGAGGCGGGGGCGCGCCCGAGUCCGAGGAGCCGGAGCCAGAAGCUGCGGAGCCAAGAAGAGAGCGAGAAGGAGGAGCAGUCGGGAGAAGUGACCGCACCUGGGCUGGUUGGCAGCAGCUGCCCCAAUGAGGCUCCGCAAACCCUGCCUGCUGGUCCUCCUCUUGGGACUGGCCCAGCUGCUGGUGCUGGCGAGCGCCCACGAAACGGGCGAGGAUUCUUUUAUUAAAGAUGAUGCCAUUGAUGAAGAAGAGGAGGAGGAGGAAGAUUAUGAUGAAGACGAAGAAGAUGAUUCUGAAGUGAAAGAAGACAAUGGGGUCCUGGUCCUGAAUGACGACAACUUUGACACCUUUGUGGCUGACAAAGACACUGUAUUACUGGAAUUCUAUGCUCCGUGGUGUGGUCACUGUAAGCAGUUUGCUCCAGUAUAUGAAAAAAUAGCUAAGACCCUUCAAGAGAAUGACCCUCCUAUUCCUGUUGCCAAAAUUGAUGCAACAGCAGCAUCUACAUUAGCAAGCCGAUAUGAUGUGGGAGGCUAUCCCACCAUCAAAAUCCUGAAGAAGGGGCAAGCAGUGGAUUAUGAUGGCUCAAGAACAGAAGAUGACAUUGUUGCUAAAGUCAAAGAGGUUUCCCAACCCAACUGGACCCCUCCACCUGAAGUGACCCUGGUUCUUACCAAAGAUAACUUCGAUGAAGUAGUGAAUGAUGCAGAUAUCAUUUUGGUGGAGUUCUAUGCUCCUUGGUGUGGGCACUGCAAGAAACUUGCUCCAGAAUAUGAGAAAGCUGCAAAAGAACUCAGUAAACGUUCUCCACCCAUUCCCUUAGCUAAAGUAGAUGCCAUCGAAGAAACCGAGCUGGCCAAGAGGUUCGAUGUCACUGGAUACCCAACUCUGAAGAUCUUCCGAAAGGGGAAAGCUUUUGAUUACAGUGGCCCACGAGAAAAAUAUGGUAUUGUGGACUACAUGAUUGAACAGUCUGAACCUCCAUCCAAAGAAAUUCUGGCUGUGAAACAAGUCCAGGAAUUCCUGAAGGAUGGAAAUGACGUUAUCAUCAUUGGCGUCUUCAAAGGUGCUGAUGACCAAGCUUACCAGCUCUAUCAGGAAACUGCAAACAACAUGAGGGAAGAUUACAAAUUUCACCAUACUUUCAAUGAUGAAGUUGCAAAAUUCCUGAAAGUCUCUUCUGGAAAGUUGGUUGUGAUGCAGCCAGAAAAAUUUCAUUCUAAGUAUGAACGAAAAAUCAAUAUUUUAGACAUUAAGGAAUCCACUGAAGGAGCUACCAUCAAGGAUCAUGUGGUGAAGCAUGCUGUGCCAUUAGUCGGUCAUCGAACAACGGCCAAUGAUGCCAAGAGAUAUGCUAAGCGGCCUCUGGUGGUUGUCUAUUACACUGUGGACUUCAGUUUUGACUAUAGAGUUGCUACUCAGUAUUGGAGGAACAAGGUGUUGGAAGUCGCUAAGGACUUCCCUGAAUACACAUUUGCCAUUGCUGAUGAGGAUGACUAUUCUUCUGAAGUAAAGGACUUGGGACUUAGCGACAGUGGUGAAGAGAUCAAUGUAGCGAUCCUAGCUGAGGGUGGCAAGAAGUAUGCCAUGGAACCAGAGGAAUUUGAUUCCGACACUCUGAGAGACUUUGUGCUGGCAUUCAAAAAAGGCAAACUAAAGGCAAUCAUCAAAUCCCAGCCUGUGCCCAAAAACAACAAAGGGCCUGUAACGAUUGUGGUGGGUAAGACAUUUGACUCUAUAGUGAUGGACCCCAAGUCAGACGUCCUCAUCGAGUUCUAUGCCCCCUGGUGUGGACACUGUAAGCAGCUAGAACCUGUGUACACCGAAUUGGGGAAGAAGUACAAGCAUCAGAAAAACCUGGUCAUAGCGAAGAUGGAUGCCACCGCCAACGAUGUGACCAACGACCACUACAAAGUGGAAGGAUUUCCCACCAUCUAUUUUGCUCCUCGCACAGACAAAAACAACCCGAUUAAAUUUGAAAAUGAGAAGAGAGAUUUGGAGCACUUGAGUGCAUUUGUAGAAGAUCACAGCACAAAACUGAGCAGGACCAAAGAAGAACUUUAGAGGCCAAGAGGAGGAAAGGAAAGGCCGUGGAUACACUGUAGUUUUCCAAUGAAAGGUUGCCGGAUGGGGAGUCAAAUGAGCCUUGUGAGAAGAGGGGGUUUGGGUGUCUAAGCAGUUGCAGUAUCUGAUUUUUUUUAUUUCACAUUGCGUUACAGACAUGGGACGGACAUAAAUGCCUCAUGAUAGUGUGGUUCAGAUAUUUAAGGAAAAUACAUUAUUUUUGUCAUUA